UACCUGCGCAGGGACAAGCUGUGGAUCUCCAUGGAGUACUGCGGCGGGGGCAGCUUGCAGGUAAACUGCGCCACAGUCCUUCGUUCUCAUGAUGGAGCACUGCCAGCCGAACAUCGUCGCCUACUACGGCUCCUACCUGCGCAGGGACAAGCUGUGGAUCUCCAUGGAGUACUGCGGCGGGGGCAGCUUGCAGGUAAACUGCGCCACAGUCCCCCUGUCAUGAUGGAGCACUGCCUCCCGAACAUCGUCGCCUACUACGGCUCCUACCUGCGCAGGGACAAGCUGUGGAUCUCCAUGGAGUACUGCGGCGGGGGCAGCUUGCAGGACAUCUACCACGUGACCGGGCCGCUCACCGAGGUGCAGAUAGCGUACAUGUGCAAAGAGACGCUGAUGGGGCUGUCGUAUUUGCACAGUAUGGGGAAAAUGCACAGAGACAUAAAAGGUGCGAACAUCUUGUUGACUGAAUGCGGUGAUGUCAAGUUGGCAGACUUUGGCGUGUCGGCGCAAAUCACAGCCACUAUCAAUAAGAGGAAGAGUUUUAUUGGAACACCUUAUUGGAUGGCGCCUGAGGUAGCAGCUGUAGAAAGAAAAGGUGGCUACAACCAGCUCUGUGAUAUUUGGGCGUGUGGGAUAACAGCAAUAGAAUUGGCGGAGCUCCAGCCGCCCAUGUUCGAGCUGCACCCCAUGAGGGUGCUGUUCCUCAUGUCGAAGUCAGGGUUCAAGCCGCCGCAGCUCAAGGAGCGCGAGCGCUGGUCGCAGCUGUUCCACGCCUUCCUGAAGCUCGCCUUGACCAAGAACCCUAAGAAACGGCCCACCGCUGACAAACUGUUACAGCACGCGUUCUUCCAACAAGACAUGAGCAAACGACUCGCGAUCGAACUUCUCCAGAAGUAUUCCAAUCCGCCAAACCACUGCAACAGCCAAGAACUAGACGAAGAUGGGGCGAUAUCCAAUGUGCCGCAACGGAUCGAAUCAAGGCAGACGCGCGGGCGGCGGGACGCGCGGCCUAGGAGUUUGCUCGAGCCGAGGACUGCGCCUCGGGAACACCACGCGCAUCUCAAUGACCAUGGCUUGAGAUUAACAUCUGACGAAGAUCGUGAAGCGAAUCGUCGAUCUGGAGUGUAUGACGAUUCGCCGAUCAUAGAUCUGGACGCCGAAGAUGAACUGAACCUAUCUAUGCCCAAAGUGAUCAAUUUUAACGCAGAAGUCAAUAGAAGUUGCGACGGUGAUACUAUUAAACGAAAUGUAUACCACAGACAAUCAAGCGAAGACUGGAGUGUGGCCUCUCUCAUGAGUUGUCCUAAACACAAUCCGUUAACGCAAGACUUAUCCACCGACAGUAUACCGACUAGCGAAAACAAGUGGUGUCGGGUCGUCACCGGUGAUGAUAUUAUGAGAAUGAGUUUGAGGAGCCUCUUGCAAUACAUAGACGAAGAGUUAAUGCUCAGGGCAACACUACCGUUGACUGCGGAAAACGUAUCACUGACCCAAGCUUCGAAUUCAGGCCUGUCUGUCCACGACCAACACUUGUCCCAAUGCAUACAACUAAAGCAGAACUUCUUAAACAACUCCACCACGAACGUCUACCAAAGCCUCGCAUCCAACUUCCAAUCGCCGCUAACCUCUUCCAUAUCCAUCGACGACCCCAUAUCGAGGAAGUCAGAAAACGAUAUACUAUACGUCGACGCUCAAGAUUCCGAAAUUAUUAACGACAAUACACAAAUGAGGAAUGCAAAUUGCGAAUGCGGUCUUUGCCCUAAACCAGAGACAAGAGAAAACAACACGUUGAGCGAUCUGCAAAGAUCUGUGGCACCGAAAUGUUCGUGCGACGCUUGCAACUCUAACGGGGAUAUUUUGAGCUACUACAGAAAUUGUUCGAACCAGAACAAUGAUUCCGGGAUCGUUUACUGUGAAACGUGCAAGAAACAGAAGAUAUCUAUCUCAAACUUCAGAGCGUUACAAAUAACAAAUCGAUUACGGAUAUCGGAUAACGAUAGAAUCGAGAACGGCGCGACUUCGGACGACGAUUUGUGCAGAAGAAUCGAUAUCAGCUUAGACAUGGACGACAAAACAUACGAGCACAGGAAAAGGCAUAAUCGACAUAAUUCCGAUUCGGUCACAGCUGGAAUCGAUUUAAAUCAGUUCUGUCAGUGUGAAUUAGAAAGUGUUAAUAAGAGAAAAACGUCGUCAGUUGACGAGAUAUUUAAAUUGGCGGAGGAGAAUGGAAGAGAUAGUCAAAAGGAGUUAGUCGGUGAGGAGUUGAAAACAAGCCAAAGGCAACGGAGUCUUUCGGAUAGUCAAAGGGAUAAGGCCAAAGUUGAUGGAGAUGCCAGUAGUACGCCGCCGGUGCCUCCCAGAAGAGCGCGCGGGCGUCGAACUCGGACUCCGCCGCGGCCCGCCCCUAACGGACUUCCACCCACUCCUAAAGUGCACAUGGGAGCUUGCUUCUCCAAGGUGUUCAACGGUUGUCCGCUAAGGAUAAACUGCACAGCGUCGUGGAUACACCCCGACACCAGGGAUCAACAUAUUCUUAUAGGCGCCGAGGAAGGGAUCUACACGCUGAACCUGAACGAGUUGCACGAGACAGCCAUGGACCAGCUAUGUCCGCGCCGCACCAUAUGGAUGCACGUCAUCAAGGAUGUGCUCAUGUCGCUCUCUGGAAAAACCCCCUCGCUCUACCGGCACGAGUUACUAGUGCUGUCGGGCAGCGGAAGGGGCGGCAGGGGCGGAGGGGCGCGCUCGCUGAGGGUACUACCUCCGAGAUUACUGCCAAGGAGGUUCGCGCCCACCACUAGAGUACCUGAUACUAGAGGUUGCAUGCGGUGUGCGGUGGCGCGCAACCCUUACAACGGCUACAAGUACCUGUGCGGCGCGUCGCCCGCCGGCCUCUUCCUCAUGCAGUGGUACGACCCGCUGCGCAAGUUCAUGCUGCUCAAGAACAUAGAGUGCGUGCUGCCGUCGCCGCUGCUGUCGUUUGAGCUGAUCAUCACGCCCGAGCUGGAGUACCCGCUGCUGUGCGUGGGCGUGACCAGGAAGCCCAUACGCCUCAACCUCAUCAACAUCAACUCUGGUGCGACGUGGUUCCACUCUGACGAGUUGGAGCUUUGCCCCGGGGGCUCCAACACCGUGAUACCGCGGCCGGAGAGGCUUCACACCUUGCGCGCGGUGCAUCAGCUCAAUAAGGACGCCGUACUGGUGUGUCAUGAGAACGUGGUGGACAUAAUCCCCGUGCUGGCGGGCGGCGAGCGGCGCCGCAACAAGCUGCCGUCGCGGAUACAGUUCGACUUCCACAUCGACAGCAUACUAUGUCUAGCGGACUCGGUGCUGGCCUUCCACCGGCACGGCGUGCAGGGCCGCUCGUUACGCAACGCCGACGUUACGCAGGAGAUCACCGACCACUCGCGCACGUAUCGACUGCUCGGACAUGACAAAGUUGUAGUGCUGGAGUCGCACGUACUACAAAACAAUACGCUCUCGAGCGAAGACGGAAACGAUCUUUACAUACUGGCGGGACAUGAAGCUUCUUACUAACUUAAAAUGCGCUUACAUUUACCGUACAAAUACAUAUGCGUUUAACUUUAUUCUACAUAAUCGUUUGAUUAUAUAAAAUGUAUGUUAAGCUUGUUCGUACAUAGAUAUGUACGCUAGGCUUAUAAAUAUGAAGGUACAUUCGCACCAAAACAAACUACUGUAAAAAACAAUUAACGUAUUAAGGUUUAAUACAAUAUAUUUGUAUAAUACAAAAUUGCGAGGGCUCGAUUUUUGUAUUUGCGUUAGUGAACUAUUUUAUGUUAAAAUGCCAGUGAUAAACUCUAAUAGCAAAGAUAGAGAUAAUUAUUAGAGUUGACACUUUAUUAGAAAAGUUUAAUUACAGUUAUAAUAAAGUUUUAGCUGCGAUUGUUAUCUUUUUAUGCUUAUUGUCCGGCCGCUCAGAGAUUGCGUUUGUGACGCCUCAAUCGCGUCAAUGUCAAUGAGAGAGAUAAUGCCAAUGAGAUGUUUAAAUAUCUUUUAUUAACCUUAAUAACGAGUAAUAACAUUAAAAAUUGAAUAAUCAACAAUAUUUUUAAAAUAGUAUAACAAAUAGGGGGCAUUGACAGGUGUCAGAAACACAAUUUCUGAGCGGCCUGGCAUUAGUAGUAAUUAAUUAAAUUAAUUUAACCAUGUGGUGAAUAUUUUUUACGUUCUGAUCUUAGUAGAGUGCAUAUCUGAAUAUUCACGUUCUUAGAGCAAAGAAAAGAGAAAAAUCGGUUCUGAAAAAAAUCAUAUUUAUAAAUCGGUCGUUUGAAAAUUACAUGUCCGUAACAUCGCACAUCUAACCUAAACAAUAAAUAAUAACAAAUGAUAUAUGCCUUAAAAGUGAAAUUAAUUUGUAGUAUUAAAAAUAUAAUACCUUAUUAUAGCACUGCCAUUAAUUUAUGUCCAUUCCAUUGGAUGUAUAUGAAGCAAUAAUAUUAUUAUACUGUGGAUAAAUUUUGAAUAUUAAUUGGUGAAUACACUUUAUGUUGUCAUUUAAAAUUUAAAGUUACGUUAACCUCAUUGCUGUGAUUAGACGUUAGUAGAAAUAGCGCGAGGUAAAGUGUAUUUUGAAAAUAAAAACCGUUAUAAUAUGUUUUAGUAAAUAAUUUAUUAAAAACUGAAAUUGUUCAUUAAAAUAAUUAAUUUUUAACAAUAUAUUUUUUUUGAAACCGAUUUUAAUUGCCUUCUAAUAUAAUCGGUCGUAAUUAUGAAUUUUUCAUUUUAAUAAAAUUAAUUUUAUUUAUUCAUGUUAUUGAUAAAUCGGUCGGCUGUUACAAAAUUAAUUUUAAUACACUUUAUUUUAUACUCUCAUGUGUUACGUCAAUAAGCAAGAAAAUCGGUCGUGAAAAAUAAUCGCUGUAAUAGAUUAUUGUUACUCAACUAUGGAAUUAAUAUAAACAUAACGGUUUCUUUUUUUCAAAAUUCAUUGAUGAAUUAAAAAUAUGAUGUACGUUACAUUAUAAUACAAAACGAACCUAAAUAUAUUUUACUGGAGCUAUAUUCACUUUGAUCUUAAUAAACCAACUUGAACCUUAAGUUUGACAGUCCUAAAAGCACUGUCAAUAAUCAUCGGUUUUACAAAAGAAACGACAUGGACGUCAUAAAAUUACGGAUCUUGAAGUCACAGUGAAUUGGAGUCCAGAUGAGUUAAUUCGUAUGAAAUGUAUUACUAAUAUUAAAAAUGUAAAAUGAAAUGUAUUUUAAAGGUUCAUGCACAUUAGAGCGGUCCGCACCACAAUUUUUAUAGAAAGCGGAGUAGUGGUAUAGAGGGGGAAUAAAUUAUAUUAGUGAAAAAAGAGUCCUAACUAAUAUAUUUUUUUUAAUUGGCCUGUCUUAUACAGAGACGAGAGUCUGGAUGCUAGGACUAAAAAGGCAUAGUCUCUCAAAAAUAAAAAACUCAAAGACAAGCAGCUUGAACAUCAAAAUUAUUUAGUAAGCAGGUAGUAUUAAAAAUGUGUCGUGUUUUCGACCGUCCUAAUGUGCGAGAACCUUUACCUAACCAAGCAUGUGAUUAAAAAUAUCGGGUAACUCGUAAAAAGACAAUUUUCCCGUAUUAUAACAUAUUAUAAAUAAUGAUAAUAAUGUAGGUUAUUAAAAAAAUACUAGAAAUUUUGAAAAUAAUGAAAACGCUCGCUUUGUGUAUUUAUGUAUUAUUUUAUUUUGUAAAUAAUUACAAAUAUUCCAAUUUAGUUGAUAGCAUUUUGUAUAAUACCAAUAGUAUAGACAUUACCGUGAAUGUUGGUAUCUUUGCUUUAUAAUAACUAUAGAUUUUUCAUGUUUUAGAAUUAAAUAAAAUUUCUAACUCCAUUUAAUAUAUAUAUAUAUAUAUAUAUAAUAAAAACACUCUUUUCACCUUUACAAAAAUAGUUUUUAAUAAAUAUUUUCGGUGCAGCUAAAAAUGGAUUUCGUUAUAAAAGCAAAAUGGAUUUCUUAAGAAAUAAAAAAAUGGAAGAUAUGAGUUGUUUAGUUGUUUUUUUGGGAAUUAUUGUUUUGUAUAAAAGUGCUCGCGCACUGAACGCUAAUGAGGGAGUUAAAUCUUUUUUUUAUAUUAUUCUAAAAGCAUAAAAGGCAAAAUUAUCAACAUUCAGUGUAUAGUUUUAAUGUAUUUAAUGUUUUAGUGCAACCUCAUUUUUGAGUGAAAGUGGACUGUUAUUUAUUUUUAUCUGUCAAUAUUUAAUUGUAUACAGGCUUGUGCCUCUCUUUAGCACGAUUUAUUAUUAUUAUUAUUAUUAAAUAAAAUAAUCAUUUUUAUUCACCUUAAUAAGGUAGCACUGGUUUAGGACAUAAUUUAGCGGUGUUUAUUUGGACUUACUAAAAACUAGACUAUUAAUAUUUAUAAAAAUAUAUAACUAUAUUUUUAUUAAUUCAUAAAAAACAUGAAUUUUAUUGUUAUUUUGCAUGAGUAUAAAACAUUCCGUGGCUUAUAAAUUACAUUAUUGAAUUUUCUCUCACUUAUUUAUUUGUCCUUUUUAAAAACUUUUAACAAUGUUAAUACAAUACAAAAUAUAAUACAAUAAAAAAACUAUUAAUUAUUUGUAAAAAAAAAUCAACUCUUGCUGUGGGAUAUUUGAGAGCCCAAGCAACCAGUGGUCAAGGCCGGAGGAACUUUCUCACUAAACCCUUGAUCCAGCAGCAAUAUAUAGUUAAGCGAAAGCUUGACUGCUUAAUUAUUGAUAUCAGUAUCAUUAAUUAUUAUUAAUAUCAAGAAAAUAAAAAAAAUGUUGCUCUGGUGUCGUCCUACUCUUAGCAUACAAGCAAGUAACAUACUUAAUUAAAAGAGAAAGCUAUAUUUCAGCACUGCUAAAAAUAGGUUUCGUUAUAAAACCUUCCCCCCCAACCAAGUGGCACGUCGAUUCUCUAUCUACAAUCGCUAACGCUUCGAAAACUAGAAAGAUGUUUGGGAAUGACAUCCGCUAUCAGCAGGUCACAUGAUCAAGAUCUGUCUUUCCCAUACAUUUUUUUAGUUUUCGAAGCGUUAGCGAUCAUAGAAAGAAAAUCAACAUGCCACUUGGCUAGGAAGGCUUUUUAUCUAUUUUUGUGAUAAGUGUGGUCCAUUUCAAAAUUAAUAACGCAAAACAACGUUUUUUACCGGAUCGGUUAUUAUACUUUAUAAGUUUAGUUUUAGUGCGUCCAAAUUAACGCCAGUGUCAACUUUAUUUUAACCAGUGUAAUUGUGACAUUUUACUAGAGUAAUAUGAGAUUAUUAUUUUAUUUACACUUUUAAAAAUGUAACUUUUGUUUAUAAUAUGUGUAGUGAAUUUUGUCCCAAAAGAUACAUUUUUAAAACCUUAUAUUAGCACCGAUUUUUUUUGCAAACGCCUAUUAUUUUACAAGAAACAAUAAACAUUGAAUAUUUAUUUACUAAGAAUUCACUUGUGUUUUGUAUAUAGGUCUAACGCAGUGCUCUGAUUUUAAUUGAUAUAUUUUUGACAAUAUUGUAUUUUUCAUAUAAAACAUUUUACGAUAUGAUAGCAUAAAUUUCGCGUUAAAAUUAACAAAAUAUUUUUUUCAUUUUCUUAUAACCGAUUUUUUUGCAACCGAUUUUUAUUGUCAACUGCGCUAGACCUAAAAAGUGACCCAAUAAAAAAGUAAACGAUAGAUUAUUAUUAUAAUGGGAUCAUCAUAAUUUACCACCUAUUUUUAUUUUAAUUGAACUGUAACACUUUGAGUAAUCCCGUUUAUUUAUAUCCCCGAAAUAAAAUUUUAUUUUCGA